AUUACAACCACCACACGCUACCAACCUGUCCUCUCUUCCCUAUCCCCGCCCCACGUAACCCCCCUUCUCUCCCUCUCCCUCUCCCUCUCCCUUAUAUAUUCCCUCGAACCCUCUCUCUUCCUCUUCACACCCUCACCAUCUCUCUCUCUCUGAUUGCUCUCAAAGAGAGGAAACAAAACUGGAAAUCCGAUAACUAAAAGUGAGGAUAUGGGGUUACAGAGCCAGCUGAACGACGUGUCAUCGGAUUCGAUCCCACUACUACUUGUAGCGCUUUUCGCCAACUGCGUCGCCUACCUCCGCUCCUUGCUAUUCGGCCUUCUCCACUCGCUGGGCCUGUCCAGAUUCGACCCGAACCGCGUUGACGACGGUCUAUUGAGCGCAGUCGGGUCGGGCCUGGCUGGCCUCAUCGCCUUGGCGGAUCAGCUCAACAACAACCAGGCGUUUUCAUACGAGUAUGCCGCUGCCGAGGAUGGUGCUGGGCCGACCACGGACCCGAUGGACCGGCCCAUCUGCGUCGUCUGCAGAAACGCGAUGAGAGACGGGGACCACGUGCGCAGGCUGCCCUGCCGCCACGUCUUCCACAAGGAGUGCUUCGAUGGCUGGCUUGACCACCUCAAGUUUAAUUGCCCUCUAUGUCGGUCGCCCCUGGUUUCUGACGAGCGCGUGGCUCUUGCGCACCGGCGCGUGGGCGCUGACCUCAUCUCGUGGUUCUCUUUGCGGUGAUGAUGCCUGGUAAACACCGACUAGGAAAGUCCGAUAGUGAUGAUAAUGAUGAUGAUAACGAUGCCACCUCUGAUUAAUUAUGACGAUAAAUGGUGGUUUUUUUUUUUUUUUUCUUUGAAAAUUUAAAUUUUAGAGUAUUAUUUUGGAGGGUCGGUGGCAGUUUUGAACGUGGAUUGCCUUUUUGUUUUUCUUUUGGUGUUUUUUGAAGAGCUCUGGAGGGUUCUUUUUAACUGCUGUACAUUUUCCACGUUUUUAGUGGUUAUAAUAAGGAUGGGCUUCGCUCGCUCUGUAAUUCCACUUCUA